AUGAGGGCAUUGGCCUGGGUUGGGGUGCUGCUGCUUCUCGCCGUGGGCCUACCCCCAAGCCCAGGUGAGCCUGGCCUUGGGCACCCAGGGCGCAGAUUGCGGGGCAGGAGACUGCAUGGUCCUCAGGCCGGGAGCGGCAAGGACCAGCGGGACAGUGCAGGCCCAGGUGUUCCCAAAGAGGCGCCUGGGCCGGAGUUUCUUACUGAAAUUCUUGGAUCCUGGAGUUCAAAGUUAAAACCCCCAGUCGGUCCCCACAGGAAGAGCUGGUGCACGCUGCCCCCAGUUGAUUUCUUGUUAAGGCAGCUUAGGCGAAAAGAAGCAGUAGGGUGUCAGGUGCUCGGCCUGCGUGCGCGUGCACGCGUAUGCUCCCCCCCGACAGGCCUGAGGUGUGGAAAUCCAGCAGCUGAUUUGAAAAUUUUGGAGACCGUCUUGGAAUCUGAGCUCUUCUCUAGAAUUAUUAGUUGGAGAAAUUCGGCGGUUGGUGGACAUCCAUGGCAGGUCUCCCUAAAAUUAGGUGAGCACCGUUUCUGUGGAGGAGGCUUGAUUCAAGAUGAUCUGGUGGUUACAGCAGCACACUGCCUGGCGAGCCUCGAUGAGGAGCAAAUAAAGAGUCUGGCUCUGAUUGCUGGGGAGUACAACCUCUAUCAGAAAGAUAAGCAAGAACAGAUUAUUCCUGUCUCAAAAAUUAUUAUCCAUCCUGAAUACAACACACUUGGAUAUAUGAGUUCUGAUAUUGCACUGCUGCAUCUAAAACACAAAGUAAAGUUUGGAAUUGCUUUUCAGCCAAUUUGUCUUCCCCAUAGAGAUGAUAAAUUUGAAGAAGGGAUUCUUUACAUGACCAGUGGAUGGGGCAAGACUUCAGAGACAUCAGAAUAUUCAAAUGUCCUACAAGAACUGGAACUUCCUAUCAUGGAUGACACAAUGUGUAAUGUGGUGCUCAAGGGUAUGAACCUUCCUCCCUUGGGAAGGACCAUGUUGUGUGCUGGUUUCCCUGAUGGAGAAAAGGACACCUGCCAGGGGGUCUCUGGAAGCCUCCUUGUUUGUAGAAGAGACAGUGGACUCUGGAUUCUUGCUGGGAUAACUUCCUGGGAAGCUGGUUGUACUAGAAGUUGGGCUCCUUUAAGAAAUAACUAUGUAAGGACAUCCUUUGGCAUUUUCUCCAAGGUGUUAGAGUUGAUGGAUUUUGUCACUCAGAACAUAGUCACAGACAGAGAUAAAUACUGUAUGACCUCACUUUUGUGUGGAAUUCAAUCUUAUAAAAAUUGUAGACUUCAGGGAACAGUGUUAUUUGGAGAAAAUGAGAAGAUCCGUUAUCCCCAUUUGAAAGAGGGCAACUAUUCUCAUAAUUGCUUAUGUAUUUGGAAAAUAAUGGUACCAGAGGAUAAAGUGAUCCUAUUAAAAUUUACAAGCUUAGACAUAGGAAAUCGAGUUGGAUAUGAUCAUGACUGUGUAUCUUUACAAUCAAGCCACAAAGUGCUUAUUAGUAAGGUCUGUGGAGAUACACCGCCCUCACCAUUGCUGAUGGAGUCCAGUGAGGCUAUAGUUACAUUUGUUUCUGACAUGGACAACAGUGGCAGUGGCUUUGAGCUUACUUUUACUGCUGUACAGAAGAACUCAGAAGCAGGUUCAGGGUACGGGAGUGUGGCUCUAUUGGUGGAAGAAGGAACGGUUCACUCUGCCAGUUAUCCAGACUUAUAUCCCAAGAAUUUAAGGUGUCGUUGGUUCAUUCAUGCUCCAGAGAAACACAUUAUAAAGUUGGCAUUUGAGGAUUUUACUACAGAAUUUAACCAAAACUGUACUUACAAUGCUGUUGUGAUGUAUGGUGAUCCUGAAGAGGAGCAUGAGUUAGCUAAACUUUGUGGAACUUUCAACCCUACUCCAAUAUUCAGUCCUGGUAGCAUGAUGGUGAUUCAUUUUAAAAGUGAUGGUGAAAAUAACUUCCGAGGCUUCAAGGCUAGAUUCACCUUUUUGCCCUCGGAUUCUUUAAACAAAAUUGGAUCAACAUUACCUCCUAAAGCCCUUGUAUCUUCUGCAAAAGCAAUUCCAUGUGGCGUCUGUGGCAUCCCUCUCUUCAGUCCCCAGUGGCUUUCCAGAAGAAUUGCAGGAGGGGAAGAAGCCUGCCCCGACUGUUGGCCAUGGCAAGCGGGUUUGAGGUUUCCAGGCAAUCCCCAGUGUGGAGGUGCCAUCGUCAACCCAGAGUGGAUUCUGACUGCAGCCCCUUGCCUGCAAUCGAAAAAUAAUCCACUCUUCUGGACUAUUGUUGCUAGAGACCAUGACAGAACCCUGAAAGAGUCCCCUGAGCAGGUGAGAACUGCAAAGCACAUUGUGGGGCAUGAAGACUCUGAGAGGUUGAGCCCUGGCUCUGACAUCGCCCUAAUGCAACUGAGCCCUCCUCUGGAGUUCAGCUCUGCAGUGAGGCCGGUGUGUCUCCCACGAAGCAUGGAGCCUCCACUUUCCUCUGAGAUCUGUGCUAUGACUGGAUGGGGAAGUACUAAUGAAGAUGGUGGUCUGGCAAGUCGCCUACAGCAGAUUCAAGUGGCUGUGUUAGAGAGAGAGAUCUGCGAACGCUCUCACUACUCUGCCCGCCUAGGAGGGAUCACAGAGACGAUGAUCUGUGCUGGCUUUGCAUCGACUGGAGGGAGAGAUGGCUGUCAGGGAGACUCUGGUGGGCCAUUAGUGUGUAGAUGUGAAAAUGAUCCCUUUGUCCUCUAUGGCAUCGUCAGCUGGGGAGCUGGCUGUGCCCUGCCAAGAAAGCCCGGGGUAUGUGCCAGGGUGCGUGUCUUCUUGGACUGGAUCCCAUCCAAAAUGAAAGGCUGUCCCUCUGAAGAGGAACUAGAAGGGCCCAGAGACUUUUUUUCAACUCCGAAAUAUCCACUGAAUUAUCAAGGAAAACUGGAGUGUUCUUGGGUGUUCAGAGUUUUACUAGGCAGUAUAGCAAAAUUUUCGGUUGAGUACCUGUCACUUCCUGGGUCUCGUAUGUGUUGAGAUUCUGUCCUGACUAUUUAUGAAGAAAGCAACAGUGAGAGAAGGAUGUUAGAUGAAUUAUGUGGAAGAAGGCUUUACCCAAUGAUGUUCCUGGGCUCUGGACCACUGCUGAGGGUGACAUUUCAUUCCCACGUACAAGGUGCUUUGGGCAUAAGUUAUAUUGUCUUUAGAAUCCGAGGUCCAAAAGUCAGUAGAAUAACCAGACUUUGUCAGAGUUCAAACCAAGAGUAUGUGGCUACUUGUAACAAUGUUAUUCUGACCGAACCAGCAGGAAUCAUACAGAUUCCAAGGUAUUUUCACAGAACUACUAUGAGAUGCCACUGGAGGUUAUUAGCCCCUUCAAAUCACAUCAUUUGCCGAGAUAUGAUCAACUUCCAGAUGAAACCGACACCUUUGGCCUGCCAGGGUCGCCUGUGGGUUUAUGAAGGAUUUGGAUCAGGCAAAACAUUAAUAGGUUCCAUGAGAGGAAAAGUUAAAGAUAAAGGAUGUCCAGUAUUGGAUUUGAUUCCUGUUAGUUUUGUUGAAAUCACAUCUCCCAAUUAUCCCAAUAUGUAUCCAAACAUGCUGAACUGCACUUGGACUUUUUAUUCGACAUCAGGAAAUACAAUUAAGGCAGUGAUUAAAGACUUGCUAAUAGAAGAAUCUUGGAACUGUGAAUGGGAUUAUGUCAAUAUUUAUGAUGGGCCAGAUCAGAAAUCAAGAUUACUUGCUCAUUUAUGUGGCUCCAGGAAAGAAUUUGUUUUGAUAUCCAGCAGUGCUCACCUGACUGUGCAUUUUAAGACUGAUGAGUCUGUGGGAGGAAAAGGUUUUAAACUUACUCUGCAAGAUAGGAUUCAGAAAAGCAAUACUGAGAUUAAGUUGCCUAUCAAUGGAAUGACACUAGAAAACAAUCCAGAAAGAUGGCUAACCCAAGACAAAUGUGGAAUUCCAGUUGUUGACCCAUUUGUCAUAGAAGAAGAGUCUGAGAGAAAUACAAAGGGGUUACCAGCUGAGCUUGGGAAGCCCAGGGUGGCUGGUGGCCACACUGCACCUGCAAUGUCGUGGCCCUGGCUGGUCAGUCUGCAGCACCAAGGACAACAUUACUGCGGAGGUGCUCUGAUUGCAAAGCAGUGGGUCCUGACAGCAGCUCACUGCAACUUCAGGUGCGAGCCUGUGUGUGGUGCGGGGGUGCUGGAGCGCUCCGAGGGCGCAUGGUGGCUGUGCUCUCGCUGUCUUCAUGACACAAGGAACUAG